UCACAAGGCACUUCUUUCUUCCUCUCUCCUCCUCCUCCUCCUCCUACUAAGAAAAUAAAAUCAUCAUCGUCUUCAUCUUCCAUAUCUAUCAAGAUCGAUCCUGCUUGAGUUUCGUUUGCUAAACCGUCCUUCAAUUUGUUCCAAGAUUCUUAAUUUUGCGGGCAGAGAGAGAGAGAGAUGGACGCUGAUUCCAAGAGAUUUCUAGCUACGCUUCGAUCCCGAUCUGAAAUGUUAAUGGGCUUUGAAGAAAUAGAUGGAGAUGAUGUUUUCCAGGAGGAGUUUGCUUGCCCGUUCUGUGCAGAAUCGUUUGAUAUCAUUGGUUUGUGUUGUCACAUAGAUGAUGAACAUACUUUAGAGUCAAAGAACGCGGUAUGUCCUGUUUGCUCUCUAAAAGUGGGAGUUGAUAUCGUAGCACACAUAACACUUCACCAUGGAAGUUUAUUUAAGUUGCAGCGAAAGAGGAAGUCACGAAAAAGCGGUACCAAUUCGACACUUUCAUUUCUUCGGAAAGAGCUAAGAGAAGGAGAUCUACAGAGGUUGUUAGGAUUUACUUCUCGUAAUGGUUCUGUUCCUCCACCAAGUGGAACUCCUGAUCCUCUAGUGUCGUCAUUUAUAUCACCUACACGAUCGCAGAGUUCUCCUGUGACACGCCAAACCAAAAAAGUAUCCGAGGAGAAACAUAUCGAGCGCAAGAGGCAAGUGUGCAUCUCACCCGUCUCAUCAAAAGACCGAGAAGAGAGGAGGCAUAAGUCAGAGUUCGUUCAGAGGCUCUUGUCAUCAGCCAUUUUCGAUGAGGUCUGAUCAAAAAGCAAAUGCAAAGAUUGAGAGAACGCAGAGGAACUAAUUCUGCAGAACCAGACUUCAGAGAAUCUGGUUUGGAGAAAAAAAACAGUGGAUGUGAUGAGAAGAAGAAGACGGAGAAGAGCAAGAUGCAGCUAUGUUAUCUAUAUCUAUGUAUUGUGUAUGCUUGAAGUAAUAAACCAGAAGAAGAUGCUACUUAUAAUACAUUGCGGAGAACUAUGUUUUCUAUAAAGUUUAUUAAGUCAUUGAAAAAGUAAGAUAAGAGGAAGAAGAAUAAGUUCUCUCGUCUGUAGCAUAUAAUCCAAUAUGUUAUGUAUUGUGUCUUAUGAAAUAAAAAGAUGUUCACUCUUGUAAGCUA